AUGGCGCAGGACCGGAGCAGCUCCCCGGACGCUCGUUCAUUAGGCUCAAUUACCCCCGAGCGCAUCACUCUCCGUCCCGAACGAGAGGAACCGGAGCCCAGGCUUUCAUCCCACACGUCCCGCGUCAGAGCCGGAAACUCCAGCACAAACAACAUCGUACGGACACAUCAGCUUCUCGAGUCUCGGGGUCAACAACAGAAACUCACCACAGUUGACCCACGUCCACCCCAGAGGUCGGCGCUGGGGUGGAGACGGUGA